AAGGGGCCCCUCGGCCGCAGCAACCGGAGAGGAGUUGUGAGCACGCGACUCGUGUGUGUCUGUCCGGAGAGCACUGCCCCGGGGCCACACCGCGCACUUGUCUGCACUGAAUCGCACCGCCCUGCCGCACUUAGCUGUCAUGGCCCGCCUGCUGCACGGAGCUGCCGCUGACUGGUGCGAGCUGAAGGAGCUCCCGUCCGAGCCCGGGCUCCUGGGCAGAGAUUACCUACUAGACAGCAGCGACCCCCGCUCCUGGCUCUCCGCCGCUUCCCUGCAAAGCCGCCCGGAGUACGUGCUGCACCCCCAGGGCCGGGCGCACAAAGUGCGAGAGCUGUGCAAGCUGAAAGGGCUGCAGGAUGAGGAGGACGAGGAAGAGGAGGAAGAUGAUGAAGAGACAUCCGAGGGGCUGUGCAGGCACAGGGGGGGCCCCGGCAAGGGCCCCGGUGGGGUCCAAAAGCAGAGGAGACUGGCAGCCAAUGCCAGGGAGAGGAGGAGGAUGCACGGGCUCAAUCAUGCCUUCGAUCAGCUCCGCAAUGUCAUCCCUUCCUUCAACAACGACAAGAAACUCUCCAAGUACGAGACCCUACAGAUGGCUCAGAUCUACAUCAAUGCCCUGUCCGACCUGCUGCAGGCGCCCCCAGAUACCAGAGAUCCCCCCUGUCCGCCCACUUACCAACUGCACUCUGGGGGAGAGCCCAGGCUGGCCCAGUCUGCCAGCUGCAGGAGAUUCUCCGGAGACUUCCCCGGGCAGUCCCCCCUCAGCUUCCAGUUCCAGGAGGGAGCCGGCCUCUCCCAGAAGGGAAUGGUGUCUGCUUCAUCUGCUUCCCCGGGGGAAGACAGCAAGACAUCGCCGCGAUCGCAUCGAAGCGACGGCGAAUUCUCACCUAAUUCGCACUAUAGCGAUUCAGACGAGGCCAGUUAGACGCACAGACAGUGUUGGUACUGCUGGGACUCAUCAGCUCAUAGACGCUCAUUUGUCUUCCAAAAUAUGAGGAUGCACAGAGACUUUCCAAAUAACACACCUCUUCCAAAAUACUUAGCAAACAGGUGUCAAGUAGACACAACUUCGUUGUGCUGGUUACCAUUGGUGACUCUUUUCUACAAAGUACUAUUUAUGAAUGUACAUGUACCAGUCCCCGAAUUUCUAAGCCGAACGGGAAAUGGGGGGGUCAUUAGACUCAUAAUUAUCCAACCUGCCAUUCUGGGCUGUUGAGCUACAACUACCAACAUUCUGUGACAGCCCAAUGCUGGCAUUGGAUGCUGGGAAUUGUGGUACAUCGGUAGGUGACUAGAGUGGGAGUUUGUCAGAUCUGGUUAGCAUGGGGUGAUUCCUAUUAACCCUUGUAUUGCCAGGAAGGUCUUAACAAACUGCCCCACAAAUCACCUGGCACUGAAGGCGUUACAAUUUUUGUAGCUUAAAUAUGUAUGUAUUCUGCUUUGCAUAGCCUGCAACGUUACCCAUGGCUGUGCCAAGUCACACGGUGCCUGUCCUUUAAUCUUGUUUCUUUAGCCCAAAUGAGUAAUACUUGCCACCUCUCUGCAUAAACAAAUGUAUCCUGACAGCCUAUUACAAUGUCUUCCAGGAGAAAAUCAUAAUGUUAAUGGCAUCUGACCCAACAUAUUGUAAAUAUCCGCUGCCUUCCUGUGUAAAUAACUAAGAUACCCUAGUUUUUUAUACUUUAUAUAUAGCGUCAUGCGACACUGCACUUUAAUUACCAGCGAUGGCAAAAGAAUUACGUGAACCAUAGACAGAGGGAAAUAAAUAUAAUUCAAUAUGCCAAUCUGCAACAAGGUUUUAGGUUAGCCACUUAUUUAAUUAUUCUGAAUUCGCAAAGGGGAGGGGGGAAUUGGUUGUGUCAAAAAUGUUUAUGUCUCUAUUCUUUGGCUUGUGAUUUUAGAUAAUUAUUUAUUGUUGCGUUUGCUAAGUUUUACUCGCAUUUUUUUUACUUUUUCUAUGAAAAAACUUUUUAUUUUAAAUUUAGCACCAUACACUGCCAUUGUUUAUUUACUUUUUUUUGUGC